AUGCCCCGGCGUCCCCCCAACCCCGGGACCCAGCAGGUGGCGCCCAAGGGGCUCCCCGGCGACGGCGCUCGCCGAAGGAGAGACCCGCGACUGCCCAGGCUGCCCCUGCCCCAGCUCCGCGGGUCCCCCGGCGGCUUGAGGGCCUCGGAGGGCGGCGGCGCGUGGAGCCCCUCGCCGCGCCUGCCCGCCCUGCCCACCCUGGCCCAGCGGGCGGCGCAGAACCGGACAAGGCUGAGGUCGCUCCUGCUCCUGGCCGGUGCGCCCCGGGAACUCGCGCCCGGGCGCCCGGGGCCUGGAGAGCGCGAGGAUCCCUGCCGGGGUGCGGCCACCCUGCCCGCCCUCCUAGGAGAGUUCCUCCCCAGCAGGUUCCGGGAGCUCCUGCAUCAGCUGGGCGCAGAGCGCGCGGAACCCCCGCCGCCGAGUGAGGCCCCGCCGGGGACCCCAGGGGGCGGGCUAUUUCCACCUCCUCCUGGUUCCCAGCACCCUCAGCAUCACAACCAAAAAGGAGUGUCAGAGUACUGCCACCAUUCGCCCCGGUGUCCCCAACUUCCAGACCUGCGGGGCCAGUCAUUGUACUUCCAGAAUAGUCUUAAGAAGAUUUUGCUCCAUCAGAUACCUGCCCUGGGGACCCUGAGGAGAGAUCACUCACAGUUCACCCUCAAGAAGGCCAACCACAGGCCCCACGGUGCACAGGCCCCCAAGCUCAAGGCUGUGCUCACCCACAGCUCCUCGGGGGAAAGCUCGGGACAGCGCAGACGGUUUUGCCCCUUCCGAGUGAGAUUCGCCGAUGAGACCCUGCGGGACACAGCGCUCCGUUACUGGGAGCGCAGCUGUGCAGCCCAGCCUCUUCACUUCUCAGGAGCUAGCAGCCCCAGGGCCUCCAAGAGCUUGCAUCUAUUUAUUGACCAACUACUGUGUGCAGUUUCAGGAAACGUGGCUGUUCCAAAGCCUAGCUUCCGGCAGGGUACCAUCGAGAAUGGGAUAGCUCCCCGGUCAACGACAUCAGAAGGGGUGUUCGGGAGUGUCGGGAGGUGGCUGGAGAGUUUGUCCAAAGCCCUGUGCCCCAGGGCCAAGGAGGAGGCCAUGGCCAACAUCUCGUUCGGCUGGGACUGCCCUGGCCUGCCCAUCCAGGAGCCACCGGGUCACCUCUCUGAGGAUGCCUCCGUGAAGAGCAGCCUGCCCUGCAUCCCCAGGGCCACCACACAGAGGCCACGAGGUGACCUCCAAACCUUGCUGGACACUGACAACAUCCUGGGGCAGGUGGGCAAAUCGCCCUGCUCCUGGAGCAGGAAGCUGGAAUCCUUCCUGCCCAGCUUGGUGCUGCACACAGUCCUGAAGCGAGGAUGCCCUAAAGGCUACCAGCCCCUCCUGCCUUCCAUGACACCACAGGAGGCUCCCAAGUGAACGGCUACUGGAGCCCAAGCCCGCGCAUGGUCGUGGGCAGGGGGUGAGGAGAGGCCUUUCUCACCCCACAAAUAAACAUGCAUUCCAGA